CCAUGCUCCUCCAUAUGAUUGUCAUUCUUUAUGCUACGUAUACUUCGGUUUAACUGGAUGCAUCAUCGGCCAAGAACAUCGACAAGUAAUUGCAGAGUGAGGUAGUUUUUAGUACCAUGGGCAAAAAAGGGUCACGAACAUGCUUAAUUCUUCAACAACCAAAUACGCAUAUAGCAACCAAACUAGUCAUAUUUGAUCCCCAGCAACGAGAUGGACGACGAGAUAUUACGUGCAGAUGACCAAUUUGGUCUCGCUCUUAUCGAGUUGAAAGGACGGAUAAAAGAACACAACCAGAUUGAACCAUUCAGUGAUAUUUUAGAUGACGAAUUAUUGGUUGGAUUUCUUCGUGGGAAGAAGGGCGACGUGGCCAAGACGGUGACAUGUCUGGAACACUAUAUUAAAAUGAGGACGGUAAAAUAUAAGAAUUUUACAAAAAUGUAUCGUCCCUCCACCGUCAAAAUGUUGGACAACGGUGUCGUAAACCUCUUGAAGCAUCCUGACCCAUUGGGGAGGGUCAUUUUAAUGUUUCAAAUAAAUCAUUGGUCCCCAUCCGAAAUUCCUUUUGACGAAGCGAUUGCCACUUCCCUUUUCAUAAUGGAUGAAGGGAUUCGUUCCUAUUUUUCUGCUGGAAACGAGGUUGUCGCGAUUUUCGACUGUGCAGGAUUCUGUUUCGCUCAGGCGAAAACGAUGACGCCGAGAAAUAUGAUCCUCCUUCUGGACAUGUUCAUGAAAAAUAUUCCCAGCCGGCCGAAAGGAAUUCACCUCAUUAAUCACGGCCCCCUAAUUCAUAACCUGUUUCGCAUAAUAAGCCCUCUGCUAGAGAAGAAGAUAAGAGAAAGGGUCCACUUCCAUCCCGACACGGAUCACUUGCAUCGCUACAUUCCUCCCCACAUUUUGCCCUACUCACUCAACGGCGAAUUGUCCUUAGAGGAUGCUACCGAUUUGAGCAACAUUUCUAAGGUCCGGGGUAACGAUGCAUUUUAUGAAAGACUUUCCAGCCAACUUGACAAUGCAACCCGCCACGGAGAAAAAUCUUUGAAAUCGUCAUCUCGAAGAGGGCUAUUCCAAUUGUAACUACUCAGUAAAUAUAUUAAUUCAUAUUUUUAAGUAAAUAUUUAAUGUCAAUAAUUUUAUAACCGGUGAAACCACAAACGUCAAUCAAAUAAAGAAUGAAUCCAAUAUAAGUACUUA